GUGUAUCAGGCCCAGGAGGAAGCUGAGACGUCAGCAGGUGACAGCAGGAAGCAAACCUCGUCCCUGGAGGUCGUGGUGCUGGAGACGUCACGAGAGAUGAUCGCUCGCUCAGCGGCCACUGUCAUCACGCACCCCUUCCACGUGAUCACAUUACGGUGUAUGGUGCAGUUCAUCGGAAGAGAAUCCAAGUACAAUGGGAUAUUUGAUUCCGUGGCAACAAUCUAUCGUGAGGAGGGGCUCCUCGGGUUUUUUGCUGGGCUGAUCCCUCGGUUGCUGGGUGACGUGCUCUCGCUGUGGCUGUGUAACCUGUUGGCUCACCUCAUUCACACGUACGCAUUGGACCCCAGUACCCUGCACGUGGCAGAGAUGAAGAGUUACUCCCAGGCUGCCACAGGGUUCUUCGCCAGUAUGCUGACCUACCCCUUUGUGCUGGUCUCCAAUCUAAUGGCCGUCAACAACUGUGGGCUGGCUGGCAGCCUGCCCCCUUAUGCAGCUGUUUACUCUUCCUGGAUUGACUGCUGGAGGCACCUUAGCACACAG